CAGAAAACAAGAGAGAACGAGAGCACAAUUCACUCAGUGAAUUGCUUGCAAGCUUGGGGCUGAUAAUUAGGGAUCUCAGGAGAGCGGUUUCUCAGAAUAACCUGCUCUCCUUGAAAUGAACCAAAUGGAGACAGUGGUUCAGUCCUGCUGAUAUUUUUUAAGCCCUCCUCACAGUUUGAUGGGCAUUCCCAGUGCUUUUGUGCACGUCUCGGAAAGCGUUGACGUGGAAAGGAGCAGCGAGGAGGGGGAGGUUGGAGAAGAAAGCUGCAGCUCUUCUAAAAAUACGGAGAGUAUGCAAGAGUGCGAGCAGGCUGGGGAGGAGGGCAAGGUGAGCGUGCCUCGCACCAUGCUCCCCGGCUGCCGGCACGGCGCAGUUUUGGAGAUGUCCUUCGUGUGACUGGACACACCAUGAGCAUCUGGGAGGUGAUCCUGGCUUUCGUGGUGGUGGUGCUGAUGCUCGUGGCCCUGCUGGCCAACGUGCUGGUGCUGAUGUGCUUCCUGUACAGCGCUGACAUCCGCAAGCAGGUCCCGGGAUUGUUCAUCCUCAACCUCACCUUCUGCAACCUGUUGAUGACUGUUUCGAACAUGCCCCUGACCUUGGCUGGGAUCAUUUACAAGAGUCAACCCGGAGGAGAUCAGAUCUGCCACAUUGUGGGCUUUCUGGAGACUUUUCUCACCACGAACUCCAUGUUGAGCAUGGCAGCUUUGAGCAUUGACAGGUGGAUUGCUGUGGUCUUCCCUCUAAGUUAUCACUCCAAAAUGAGGUACAGAGACGCUGCUCUCAUACUGAGCUACACGUGGUUGCACUCAGUGUCGUUCCCGAUAGCGGCAGCUUCUCUCUCCUGGGUGGGUUUCCAUCAACUCUAUGCCUCCUGCACUCUGUACAACAAGAGACCAGAGGAUAGGACGCAGUUUGUGAUUUUCACUGGGGUCUUUCACACCCUCAGCUUCCUCCUCUCUCUUAUAGUCCUAUGUUUCACAUAUCUAAAAGUGCUGAAGGUGGCACGGUUUCACUGUAAGCGGAUUGACGUGAUCACUAUGCAGACCCUGGUGCUGCUUGUGGACAUCCAUCCCAGCGUAAGAGAGCGUUGUCUAGAAGAACAAAAGAGACGGAGGCAGCGAGCAACAAAGAAAAUAAGUACCUUUAUCGGUACUUUUAUACUUUGUUUUGCACCUUAUGUAAUUACAAGACUUGUUGAAUUAUCCUCUGUGGUCCACAUCAGUUCCCACUGGGGAAUCAUUUCCAAGUGCUUAGCUUACAGCAAAGCUGUUUCAGACCCUUUUGUGUACUCUUUGCUACGGCAUCAGUACAAGAAGACAUGGAAAGACAUCAUAAACAAGAUCCUCAAAAGAAGCUCCAUCAAUUCCUCUGCCCUCACGAGCGAAUCGCACAAUAGGAAUAUAUUGCAGCUGAACGAAUGAGGAGCCUGGUAUGGGACCUACGAGACAUAUAAACAAUAUAUGGGAAACUAAAGUAACUGGCAUGUCCCUAGUAGCUCUUCUCAGCUGCCCAGGUUUUGGGGGGCAGUCACGGAGAGGUCAAAGCCCAAUCCAUGCCCCCGCAGCAGCCCAUGAAACACCCGCAGGAGGCUUUGUACCUCCUGCGUCCCUCUAAAAUGCUGCUAUUGAUAAGUGUCCUGCAGACUGUGCAGAUACAAAUCUCCCACUGAUUUCCAUCAGCAGUCAGAGGGUGAAGUCCUCAACAGAAGGACUCUGAAAGUAAUAAGAGCAAAAUUGUGCCAUCGUGACGUUAUUCUCAAAAGCUUCAGGUGCAAGAGAGGUUACCUUUGACGGAGCUGCCAACCACACUUUUUGCAAAAACCAACUCCAACCUAGCUGUAGGUCCCGUCCAGAAAAACUCUUAAUAGGAGAAGAUUUACCUAGAAACUCAUGCAGUGCCCAACAUAGCUGUCAACCUCUUCUGGUACAUGGAUUUUGAACAAUCAUAUGGAACUGAAGGAAGGGAAAAAUCAGUUUUGAAGUGUGCUACAGGCUGGAUUCAACCAUAUCUUCCCUAUUAAUUUUUUUUUUUAAGUAAUUUCCACACAAUCCCAUUACUUUUUUCCCCUUUAAACUUCGGAAAUGUAAAAAUGGUAGACAAGAUGGAAAGGUCAGGACGCCUCCUGCUGACCUUCCAAUAUAUCUGAACUAGAAAAAGAUUUUGCCCAAAGGUGCAGAACUGCGCCAUCUGCCCAGUGGGGGAAAUAUAAUCUCUUUCUGAGGUGUUAUUAUUCAUGGUUUUUUUCCUACAGAUAUAUUUAUUAAAGAUGAGCCUAAAGCAGAUUUGAAAGUAUAAUUCCCAAAGAAAGUGGAACAAAAAUAAUAGAGCCCAUCCCCACCACGAAGGCACAGCCAGUAAUCCAGAUUCACAUCUGAACACGCAGAUCUCAGGAUGUUUCAAUGCAGAUCAUUAGGGCACUCAUAGCUUUGCAGAGCAACAUAAAUAACAUUUACUACGUACUCAGUUCAGCCUGCAGCUAACGUAGGCAUAAACGCCAGAAAAAUGUUCAAGCCCAGGCUAGUCCUAUGUGUCACACUGCCUCAGACACCACCAUAGCAUCUUAAUUUUUGUAAGAAUUAUUUUGUAAAUAUUAUUUAGUUGGCUGUAAGUAGAGCUACUGCUGGCAGAAGGCUUCACAACUGCUAUGCAGACAGGCGAUGCUGAAAACAUCCCCCAGAGACUCACUGUCCCUGGUGUGAUUUUCAGUGACUUCUCUCUCAAAGCAGUGAAAUACAAAAUAAGACAGUUGUUCAAGUGUUUUUUUUUACUGAAAUGUAGAAAAUCAAGAGCAAUGGUUAAUCAGUUGUCCUUUCUGUUGCUAUGAUUUUUGAGGAAUAAUCAAUUUCUAAACCAACUUGCAUUCAAAAAGCACGUCCUUCUCAUAAACUCUUAAGGUCAUUUUCAAGUAAAGAACUACUGGUUUCAAAAGCCUCACAUUUAUUCUUUGAUUGACAACCAGUUCCUCAAGUUCUGCACGCGUUUUUCUCCAGAGAGUGACACAGAGUCCAUAGACAACAGCAAGUGAACCUCAGAAAUGAAGUUAAUUUCCUAACAGCAGCUGACAUCGCUGUCCCUGUCACCUGUCUUACUCAUAUUCUGACUCAAUAUCACAUGGAGAAAAUAUAGUCGGGACUAUAAGGAGAAAACAAGGCCAUCAGUGGGAUAUCUUCUUAGUUACCACCUCCUGUGCCCCCAAGUAAAAGAAUAGCUCCACAGCUUUGCAGAAUCCCUGACAGCAAAGGUUAAGGAGUUGAAUUAGUCUGUUCCCCAUCACUUGUCCCACAUGGUCAAUAGCAGUGAUUUUGCAAACGUUAGCAUGCUCCAUUUUGCAGGCCCUACCAGGAACAUCAGCCUUUGAUAAAACAGACAUUAUGGCAACUACAGUAUCCUUCAUACCUUGCAAACAGUGUCCACCACUGAGGUUUCUGGCCGGUAACCCCAUGAGGGGCUUCACCCCAAAGUCACCAGAGGUGGGUGACACCUCAGCUGCAGGUCUGAGGAGCUCUGUCUUGGCCAUGGCUCUGGCACGGUGCUGCAGCUGCAAGGAACGAGGUUAAUCUAUAAACUUACAUUGGCCCCUGCUUUAUAAAUGUAAACAUUUAUAUAACAAACAUCAUCGACAAUCAUGUAAAUAAAAACCUUCAGUUCAGCUUUCAUUUUAGUUAUGAAUCGAUGAGAUAACUACAAUGAAAUACACACCCAAGUACAGUCACCGAAGUUCAGUAAGUUUUUAUACCACCGCAUUCUAAACGAGCCCUUAGGCAGAUUAAACUUCUACCUCAUCUUAAUCAUUUUACUUCUUAGAAUUAACAUAUUUGUCUCAGGUGCAAUAGAUAAAAAUACCCAGUUCAAUACCUGUUUCUUAAGAAAUUCAAGUAAUCUUGAUGACUUGGUAGUGUCAGAAUACAGGAUAUUAGAAAGUUUAUUAUUACUGCGUUUAGAAAGAUAAAACGUCUCUAUAUCAGACUGUUACAUGUUUUACCCAUGGUUGUUGGUCCACAGCUGUUGUUGACUUAAAAACAGAGCUGCUGCUGAAAUCACUGGGAGGUCUGUAUGCCGAUAAGCCCAGCCCCAGGAGGAUCUCAGAUUUUAAAUCAAUUAUUCAAAUGGAGCAAGAUAAUUUCCCAGAAAAUAAACUAAACCAAACCCAAACGUUACACAUGUAGGAAGGCAAGUAAAAGAUGGAGAAGAAUAGACCAUUGGACUUGUCUCGUUACACUUGUGUAUCACAGUCAGUCCCCCGGCUGAUUUAUGUGUCACCAUGAGCAAUAAAUCUCUCCCCUUGUAUGCGUUUAAAAAUUUAUCUUUCUUUCAUGGUGCCUUUAUUCUAGAACUAAUCUUUUAACAGAGAAUAAAUGUAAUUUCCCCUUGCUGACAUCAGCUCUCUGACACAUUGCCACGUUUCUACCAUCUGAAGCAAGCAAGAGUUGUGAAUGCUGGUGCUUGACAAACUGACUCAAUAUGGAGAAUAACAGCAAUCCCCUACUGUAGCUCGAUGACACUAUAAAAUAGUAGCAAUGUGAUGCUGUGCUUCCUUCGGUACUAGAUAUCCAGCUGAGUUCUUAUAGGCAAUCGGCAAGACUUUCUAAAAUCUAUGUCUAAGUGGUGGACGUAGAUAUGAGUAACUGUGUCUGCCGCGUAGUGUGCGUACAACUCUUCGCUUGCGUGGGUUAGCGUAACGACAGCCAGUAUAGCGUGCAGUGCUUCAUCAUCUCUGAUCCCAAAGCAGAACUGUUCUCUUGUCCAAGACAAAUGCACGUGUGUGUAUGUGGGGGGGAGGAAUUUCCCAUUCGUUAUUUAAAUGUUAUUGGAAAAGUUUGUACAGUACAGCUGCAACGUGUGCCCAAAAUACAGAACUGCAUGUGCGAAACUGUGCAGCUGCUUAGGCAAUACGCAGCUUUCUUUUUGUUGGUAUCUGCCACCCAUAUGGGAUAUCUAUUUCUCCUAUGCACAUUCAAUGAAUAGUUUCUUCAUCUCUUGUAAAUUUGGCAGGCAGAACAGUGGCAGAUGAGUAAGAGAAUUUAGUCCCCUAUGUCACUUGUUGAUUCAGAGCUAAUUUUACAGCUAUUUUUAUACUGUCAGAGCCCCGACUGUGAAUUAGCAUCCAGGUUUAUGCUAUAUUUUUGAGCCAGUUUGAAUGUGAAAAUCUGGGUAAAGACUGUGAGAGACUGGUUAGAGUGUAUUAAAUAAUAAGCACCAGGUCCUCUCCUGACAUAAAUCAACACAGUAUUUUGUUGUUUCACAUGAGGGUCAGGUCUCCUUAGAUGACUACACCCAGGUUUUAUAGAUCUGUCUUCUAAACGUGCAGGGCCCUGCUGUCACAGUAUUUACAAAUGGAAAAGUGUAAACAGGAUUUAGUUAGCUCUUCAUACCCAUACGUGCCUGCUUGCAAUAUCAGGCAAUGGCACAACUCUUCUCUUAAUAGGUUCUACCCCUGUUUUUACACUUGGAGUGAAAGAUCCCAACGGCAUCUUGUCAGUGGUGCUUAAUCAGACUUUUUAUAAUGAAUUACUUCUGAAAAAAAAAAUCUAAACUAGACACUAAAAAUGUUCUGAUCUCCUCCCUAUGAAGCCCAACCACCGCAGCAGCAGCAGCCACAUGUAUCACCGCACCACAGACCGGUGGAGGGUGACACGGACCUCUGCAGGUCGUCUUCUCCAAAUGGUGUGUCAAGAGACCGCUGCCUCUUGCUGUAGUUCACCAUCUCAGUUUUGCCAAUGUUUGCUCUGAAAUAGUGCUGGGAAACGACCUUAACCUGCUGCAAGUCAACAGUAGAAUCUCCCCAGAAAGAAUGGGCUUUUAAAUGCUUUUGGGAAGACACCUUAGACAACUUCAAAACCAGCUGCAUCAGAACAGCUUCAGAGUCUGCAAAACAGGGUCGGGAAUCAAUGUGAAACCUGAGGAAGGUUGGGAAAUAUAAAUGGGCUUUGUUGUCAUUGCGAUGAAAUGCAUUGCCCUGGCUGCAGUGGGCUUUUCCCAGUGACCUAUUUCCACACCGAUAGCUCUCCAGGUCUCCCAGGCAUCUACUCACCCCAGAGAGAAAGCUGAAGUUCCCGUCAAAGCUCAGUGGCUGCCACAGAGUGUGCUGAGGCCACAAGAGCAGCUCCACCCCCAUGGAAGAUCCUUGUUGGGCUAGGAAGGCUCUAAUGGUUUUCAAGUGGGCUUUAUGGAAACUGAUCACGUGGUUUGGAUGACCACAAACCACCUACACCUGGGUGAGCCUCACCUGGGAGAUAGGUAACGGCACAAUGUGCUUGGUUUUUGGACAUACAUGCCUGAGGUUUCAUAGUUUCCUUACCCUUCUAAGUGCUAAGUGAAGGCUCUGAGGGAUGGGAGAAUCUUGUCCUAUGCAUUUUGACACAUACAGUGAACAUCUUCGAAAUAACCCUUUGAAAAUUGCUUUUCACUGCUGUUAGAGCUCUCUCCUCCCCACAUUAAAUGUUCUUUGUGAUUAAACAAAGCCUAAAAGCAAAGUCAGAGACUUUGCACCUAUGUCAGCUCAUUGUUACUCAACCCUAAAAAUAAUUGAAUAUUUCAGCACAGAAAUCCUGGUUAGAUCCUGAUCCUGUGGUCAUCAUGUGUUUGCUUCAGCAGGUGGCCUGGGAGGGUUAGGAUUGAACGGCAGUUUAAACGUUUGCAGAAUCAGGGGUUGUGUUUCUAUCACCUCUCCAAGCCCGAAUAAGUGAGAACAAGACAAUUUUAGUCUUAUAUCUAUUUUUUUAUUUGCUUUUUAUCCUUUUUUAUGCUUCACUACUUUCAUUCAUUAUAACAAAAGUAGUUGAAGGGUGAAAUCAUAGAAUCAUAGAAUCACCAGGUUUGAAAGGACCCAUUGGAUCAUCGAGUCCAACCAUUCCUAACACUCCCUAAACCAUGUCCCUCAGCACUUCAUCCACCCGUUCCUUAAACACCUCCAGGGAAGGCGACUCGAAACCGCUCCUGCUCAAGAAGGCAGCUGUCCCUGUCGGGGAGCGUGAAAGUUUACUUGGAGAAAGGAGCUGCUGUGGUCUUUGUAAAGUGUCUACUUCUUACCUGUAAUCCUGGUGUGUAUCAUGUAAGGAUGUAUUUAGGUUCGUUGGGUUUUAAGCAAAGGAUGCUGAUCCAAUGAACCAGAGAGGUUGCUAUAGUUUAGCAUCUAGAUGUCUAUAUUUAUGGGGAAGAGGGCUCAUCCUACAGACUGUGAGUGCACUUCAGAAAGGUGUGCGUUGAGAACCCAAUGUGCCAGGUGUCUGACAGCACGCACGUGCACUGAGUUUGUGGUAAAAUAUGAGUUUUUGUUGAAGAAAUACUAUUGCACAUGGUUUCAAUGUAGCCAAAGGCAUGAGCACACAUGGUUGAUUAAUAAUCUACAAAGAUGUUUGAGGGAAAGGAUCUCCAUUUGGAGUUAUUGCUGGAUACUAGGGAACUGUUUGGUAGUCGCUGUGGUUAUACAAUUAGAGCUUUAAAGCAAACCUGUGUUAAAAAUCCUACAAAUAGCAAAAAAUUUAAAGCCACUAUCCUCCUGGGAUUUGAUCCAGCGAAAGUCCCUGAAGAAAAAGAACACCAGUGCUUUCAAAAUGCUGAUGCAUCCUACUGGGACAGUAGCGGGGAUGUAACAUGGCCCGGGGCAGGAAUCCGGCUGUAGCCUCCCUGGUGUUGGCCAUCGUGGCUGGCUCAGCCACAGCGAGCAUCUGUGAGCUCGAGGUCUGAAAAAAACCUAAAAUAACCCCUGGUGAAUAUCAAACUUCUAACCACAAAAUCCUUACGCAGACACAGGGAGUUUCUUCUCCUUCUGCUUUGCUAAUGUGAUGGGUGAGCAACGAGGAGGACAAAAAAUGAAAUCUCUUGAACUGAAUUACUUUUGUUAGGAAAAAAAACCUGUCAGUGAAACACUCAGUGCCCUUAGGACCCCCCAGCAAACACACGCUGAGGCUGGGGACAAGCUCUCCAUGCUCUGCAUCCGGCCCCACCUCUUCCAAGCAGACCCAACUGCCUGCAGCCGCCAGAGUAAAGAACGGGUCCUUUGAGAGCAGAAACCACAGGGCUUCCCAGACAGGACGCUUGACAAAUCACAGAUUGCCUUGGACAAUAGAAGUAGAUAACUAAAAGGUGCCUUGAUUUACCUUUAUUAAUACACAGGGCAUUUUUCUAAACCUUAGAUUAUUUUUUUUUCUGUGUCAUCAUUUGCUUAAGAUCAAUUUAGGAUUCAAAAAUCCCAACUAUUGGGCAAUCACUCAUCAUUCCCCUCUGAAACCAUGCAGGAAUGUAAUGUAUCGCCAGUCUUUCCAGACACAGUCAGAUGUAGACAUUUUCCUCUAGAGGUGAUUAUUAGAUGAUUGUUUGCUUUUAAAUAAAAGUUGGAGGCUGGUUUUACAAAUCCUUGCUUCGAGGGGAGCGUUUGCUUGUGUAAUUAAAAACUUACAUACAAUGAGAGGUGUGAAAGGUUCGGUCUGGGCAUGUAACCUUUUUUUGUUUGAUUUGGCAAAUAAUCAGGACAGAUGAUUUCCUAUUUCUAAAAGCAACCAGCCAGUCGGAAGAAAGGUAGUUCUGAAAUAUCAUUAAUGAUAGCUGCUGUGGGUACGGUGUGUUUUGAUUAUAUUGUUAUAAAUAUACCCUUAUAAUUUAUUGAAUUGUACUUUUUUAUGUAACAAUGAGAUGUAAAUGCUAUUUAUUUAGGGAAAAAAAUGGCAACAUGAAUAAAACCUUUCUAAACUGCGCAGGUAGAGAGAUGCACAGACCCAUUUGCGAUGACAAGAGUGCCAGCAGUUAACCUGGACUUCAGGGUCCCAGAUACUGCUCUGGUCUCCCAGCAGAUUUUUCAGAGACAGUUAUUCCUGUAAAGGCAGAUACACAAAACUCUCCCGUGUCAGUACCUACAGUUUAAAGGAACACAACAAAAUACACUUACAUCCCAACUUCAAACUUCUGAAUAAUGGGGCCUGUGCUGUCUGUUCUGCCUACAGCAGCUUGUGCUUUGUGAAUACAUAGCAAAUGUUGUGAUAUAUUUUUAUUACAUAGAGCUAAUGGCUAAUACAAAGCGACAUAUACAAACAAAUACCUGCUAUGUAUGUAUAUUGUGAUUUUGUUAAAUUUACUGUCAAUGAAAUGUGAUUAUGAUUAAAUGACUU